CGGAAGCAGGCGUCCUCCAGGCGGCGCUAUCAGCCGCCAUCUUACCGAGAGCGGAAGGAAGCCCGGAGUCCGCAGGUCUGAGCAGAAGAAAGAAGACAGAAGAUGGAGGUGACGGGGCCGGACAGUGACUGGAGGAGUCCGCAGUUCAGACAGAAAGUUGUGGCUCAGAUAGAGGAGGCCAUGAGGAAAGCAGGAACUGUACACACCAAGUCCAGCAUUGACAUGGAGAACCACGUUUAUGUCAAAGCCAAAUCCAGAGAGGAGUAUUUGUCUCUGGUGGCGAGGCUGAUCAUACACUUCAGAGACAUCCACAAGAAGACUCUUGGAGGUUCAGAUCCCAUGAAUUCCCUGACUAACCUGACUGGUGUUGGAGGGGUUCCGGGCAACAUUGGUAUGGGGCCUCGCCCCACCGGCGCUCCAGUGGGUGGCAUGGGGGCCAUGGGGCCGAUGCAGAUAGGUCAGCAUGCCAUGGCAGGGGUGGCUGGAAACCCACAAUCCAUAGGGGGUCCAGGCCAAAUGCCGAUGCAGCAGAUGGUGCAGACGCAGCAGCAGCAGCAGCAGCAGUCCAUCCAGUUCCAGCAGUUCCAGCAGCAGCAGCAGCAGCAGCAGCAGCAGAAUGCCGCCAUCCAGCAGCAGUUUCAGCAGCAGCAGCAGCUGAGGGUGCAGCAGCAGCAGCAGCAGCAGCAGCAGCUGCAGCAGCAACAGCAGCAACAGCAGCAGCAGCAGCAGCAGCAGCACCACCAGAACCAGCAACUCCAGCAGCAGCAGCAGCAGCAGCAGGCCCAGAAUCAGCAGCAGCAGAACCAGAUGCACCAGACGAGGAUUCAGCAGCAGCAGAUGCUGCAGCUCCAGCAGCAACAUGCUCAGGCUCAGGCUCAGGCUCAGGCUCAAGCUCAAGCUCAAGCUCAAGCUCAGUCCAUUCAGCAAAUGGUUCAUCAGCAGCAGCAGCAAGCCCAGGGGCAGCCUCAGCCAGGUCAGAUACCUCCACACUCGCAGCAGCAGCAGCAGCAGCAGCAGCAGCCUGGCAUGGUGCCUCAGUCUCUGCCCGGACAGAUGACGUCUGCUCAGCAUGUUCCAAACAACUCGCUGAGUCAGCAGCAGCAGCAGCACCAGCUCAAGAUGCAGGCCUAUCAGCAGGCUCGUGCAGCCCUGCAGCAGCAGCAGGCGCAGCAGGCGGCGCAGCAGGCGCAGCAGCUCAACGCAGCCGCGGCUGCCGGCGGCGGACCUGGACAGUUGGUUCGUCCUGGGAUUCCGAUUCCAAACCGGUUACCGAGAGCCCCCCUCAACCCCUCCAUCCCUCCUCCCAAUGCUGCGGCUGCGGCUGCAGGAAGGCUCCUCUGUCUCCAGGUCCAGCAGCAUUCAGUGAUGUCAUCACCGUCACCUGUUCAGGUCCAGACACCGCAGUCGAUGCCCCCCCCCCCCCAGCCGUCACCGCAGCCCCCCUCCUCAGUCAGCUCCGGGCCCACGCCGUCACCAGGCGGCUUCCAGCCAAGCCCCUCCCCCCAGCCCGCACAGAGCCCUGCCAACGCCCGCACCCCCCAGAACUACGGAGUCCCGUCCCCUGGACCCCUCAACACUCCAGGUAACCCCAGCUCAGUGAUGAGUCCUGUGGGGGCCUCGUCCCUGGAGGACCAGCAGUACAUGGAGAAACUCAAACAACUGUCCAAGUACAUCGAGCCUCUUCGCAGGAUGAUCAACAAGAUCGACAAGAACGAAGACAGAAAGAAGGACCUGAGUAAGAUGAAGAGUUUGCUGAACAUCCUGACGGAUCCAAACACCAGGUGUCCUCUGAGGACGCUUCAGAAAUGUGAAAUCGCUUUAGAGAAGCUGAAGAACGACAUGGCCGUGGUGAGAUGUCUUUUCACUUUCACUGGUUUUGUAUCUAACGUUUUCCGACCCCCCCCCCCGCCGCCCGUGGCCACCAAGCAGCAAUACCUGUGUCAGCCGCUGCUGGACGCCGUCAUGGCCAACAUCCGCUCGCCAGUCUUCAACCACUCGCUGUACAGAACCUUCGCCCCCGCCAUGACCGCCAUCCACGGCCCCCACAUCAUGGGCCCCAGCGUCUGCGUUCGGAAAAGGAAACACGAGGACGAGGAGCGGCAGACCAUCCCCAACAUCCUGCAGGGGGAGGUGGCGCGCCUCGACGUGAAGUUCCUGGUCAGCCUGGAUCCUUCGUUCUGCAGCAACAACGGCACCGUGCACCUCAUCUGCAAACUGGAUGAUAAGAACCUGCCCAGCGUGCCCCCCCUGCAGCUCAGCGUUCCGGCUGAUUAUCCCGAGCAGAGUCCGCACUGGGCCGACGACGGCGAGCUGUACGGUGUGAACAGCUUCCUGCAGACGGUGCACAGGAACAUGACGUCCAAGCUGCUGCAGCUGCCGGACAAGCACUCGGUGACGGAGCUGCUCAGCACCUGGGCCCAGAGCGUCCGCCAGGCCUGUCUGUCUGCAGCCUGAGGCCCCGCCCAGUCCCUCCGGGUUCCAGGGCCACAUCAGAACUUCUGGAUCCUUCCGACGGGACUGGAACCUCCUGUGAGGCUUCAGGAGACAGACUGUGGUUGUGACUCCGGGUGUCAUGUGAUCUCUGCCUCGUGCACACGCUUCUCAAACACGUGGACGUGUCGGACUGGAGCUUCAGAAUCCAAGGGGACCUGAUCCACGUCCCGGAUCCUCAACGCGUCACUUUGUGAACUGGAGUUUUGUAUCAAAAGUCUUUUCUUUUUGCUUUGGUUUUCAAAAUAAAACUAGUUUUGUUUCAUGAAUAAAAAUGUUUCUUUUUUUA